CCCCACCCCCCUUUUAUUGAAACCUGUCAAGUGCACAAGCCACGUGGCUUUUUAACAGGUACAGUAUAUAGUACGAGUACGUACGUACUGUUGCAUGUGCUGGUGAAAGCUAGCGAAGAUGGAGCUAGUCAUGUUAAAGUUUCUGAAGUCGCUCCCACACACGCUGAUGCCAAAGCCCCCAGUCCGGGUUGCUUGUGACAUCCUUCUGAUUCACAUUCGCACGAUUCUGUGUGAUAGAGUUCUCAGUAAGGAGCUUCGACUGGUUCUGGUGGAAGUCAUUGGACCUCUGGCUAAAGUUAGCUCUGGAGUAUGCAAUGUACACGACCUAGAGGCUCUGCUGCAGCCAGCCAUGGAAAGGCUGAAUAUGAAAAGCUGCUGCACUGUAGAAGAGGUUAAGACACUCGCUGAUCUAGUGGCGUUGGUUCAUCAAAUGAACACAACUGUCGAUGCACUGCUCACUCCACCACUGACCCCUAACGAUGAAGAGGAUGAUGAUGACGUGUUUAUACACAAUGAGGGGUUCAUGCGACCAUUGACUCCCAUUGCAGAGCGCAUUACGUACAGUCGAAGUGAGAUAGUCGCAUUGAGAUUCCACAAACUACGGAGGAUUAAGCUCACUGCAAUGGCCUAUUGUUUGGGGAUCGUCAGGGACAGUGAAAUAACAACCUACAAACGAAGUGGUCUUAGAUCUAUUAGCCUCUCCAGUGCUGAAAGCGAAGAGUCUACAUUCGAGAGAGACAAGAACAGCCUAGGUUCAUCCCGCGGCCAGCAAAGCCGGGAGGACGCAGUGUCCAGAUGGGAGCACGAUUUAUUCAACCCAAACUAUUGACUCAGAAUCAUUCAAUACUCAAUUCUCAUUUCUCACUAAUUGCUUGUUUUAACCUCUUUACAUGAUUCCCAUCCUGAUUGUAAUCCAUGUUUUGCAACAUUAUGGUUGUGUAUUAAAGCUAC